UUUCAACAACAAAAAAAAAAAAGAGAUUUUUAUUUCUCAUUUCAUAGCCCAAAAGUAACCAAAAGCAGCCAAACAAUAAGUCAUAGAGAGAGAUAGAAAGCGAAAGAAACCUAACACAAUGGCGUCUUCGAUCGCAGCUGGUGCUGGAUCCACCGAUCCCACAGCUGCCAGAAGAAACACUAAGCGACCCAAGUAUUCAAAGUUUACUCAGCAAGAACUUCCAGCGUGUAAGCCAAUUCUCACGCCACGAGCGGUUAUUUCGGCAUUCUUGCUUGUCAGCAUUGUAUUCGUUCCUAUUGGAGUUGCUUCACUAAUUGCUUCAAGGAAGGUUGUUGAAAUUGUUUCUAGGUAUGAAUCAACAUGCAUACCAGAUGGUGUUACUGACAAGGUAGCAUACAUUCAGAGUCCUGCAGAUAAAACAUGCCACAUAUCACUACCUGUCAAAUCGAGGCAAUUUUCUUUUCUUAAACUUUUCUCUUUUGAAAAGGUGCACAAGCAUAUGAAGUCGCCUAUUUAUGUCUACUAUCAACUUGACAACUUCUACCAAAAUCAUCGCCGAUAUGUUAAAAGCCGAAGUGAUGAGCAAUUGCGGGAUCAUAGGGAAGAGAACUCAACAAAUGCUUGUAAGCCUGAAGAUAUAGCCAAUGGAAAGGCAAUUGUACCUUGUGGUCUUAUAGCUUGGAGUUUAUUCAAUGACACAUACAGUUUCUCCCGUGACAACAAGAAUUUGACUGUGAACAAGAAUGGCAUCUCCUGGAAGAGUGAUAGAGAGCACAAAUUUGGAAAAGAUGUUUUCCCCAAAAACUUCCAGAGUAGUGCUAUUAGAGGUGGUGCAACUCUCAAUGUAUCCAUACCAUUGAGUAAGCAGGAGGAUCUUAUUGUCUGGAUGCGAACUGCUGCUUUGCCAACUUUUAGGAAGUUGUAUGGAAAGAUAGAGGUGGAUCUGAAUGAAGGUGAUAACAUAACUGUGACACUGCAAAAUAACUACAACACGUACAGUUUUAAUGGCAAGAAAAAGCUUGUUCUGUCAACUACUAGCUGGCUUGGUGGGAAGAAUGACUUCCUUGGCAUUGCCUAUCUCACUGUUGGAGGAUUGUGCUUCUUUUUGGCAUUGGCUUUUACCAUUGUAUAUUUUGUCAAGCCAAGGCAACUUGGAGAUCCCUCAUAUUUGUCAUGGAAUAGGAAUCCAGGAGGGCGCUGAGCAAAGAAACUCACUAUGCUCGUUGGUUAUUUCCAUGAUUAUAGGCCUUGGGUAUUUUACAGAUGUGGGUGUAGUUUUGUACAUUAAUGUUAACCCAAUUACUAGUAGUACUUGUGAAUUUAGGUGUUCUUAUCCCUCCUCUCCCCAACACAAGAAAACCAAAACACUUUUUUUUCUUCUUUUUUUGUGUUAUGCAUCAGAAUUAAAAUAUGUUGUAUGUUCUGAUAAUAUAUAGUGUCCCAAUAUAUGUUCUAGUUGCAUUUCAUACAACCUGGAGAAAAUAGUUCUUUGGUUUUGGUUAGCUUUUGCUGAGCUAAAAUAGGGGAAAUGCCCCUUCAACGUUU